UUUUUUUCAUGGAAACAGACGCAAAAGUUUCCAACACAUACAACGACAGGUUAAUAAAAAGUGUAUACAUAUUAAGUGCUAUGGCUAUACUUCAUGCGUGUAAAUAUAAAUAAUUACAACAAUAUAAACAAAUAUUUUUCAAAAGUUUAUUCAUUAUAAGAGACUAUUAAACUUAUAUAAAGUAUUUUUCUUAACUGAUAAUUAUUAGAAUGAGUUUUAAUAUAAUUAGCGAGUAAUAAAAUUCGAUAAAAGAUAAUUUCGAGGUUAUAAUGAAAUAAAAAAAGAUAUUUUAACUAUUAAAAGACUAAAGUUUAUCGAGUUAUCAUGGUUGCACAAAUCUGGUGGGAAGAUUUAUUCUACCUACGCAUUCAUAUUUGAUCUCAAGAGCUUAAUAUUAAAUAAAAUAUUGAACCAACGUAUCAAACUGUCACAUUCAUGUCAUUUGGAGCACCAUAAAUAUUUGCUUUCUUUAACAAAAGUUCAUAUUCCAAGCUUCUUCAUAAGUUCUAUCUGAAUACUUAAUUGGUGGAGGAAAAGAUAAGAUAAGAAAAUAUUGUGAGCAAUCAUCAUGUCUGCAAAACAGAAAUUUAAGGACAACCUGAACAACAAAUCAGCAGUGUCAAAAGCACGACCAUCACAAGAAAUAGUAGCAGCGAAGCGGAAAGCAGCACAACAGAAGUUAAAAACUCAGGGACUGAAAAAUUGUGAAAAAAGCUCAGAGAGCAUUUUUAUUCAAGAUAUUUAUCAGAGUGCAAUGGAUGCUAAAACACUUGUAAGAGGAGAAACUGGCUUAGUUUACGAUAAUUCUAUGGCUGAGCAUGAAUGUUUAUGGGAUAAAAAUUACCCAGAGUGUCCAGCAAGAUUAAUUCAAGUCAUUGAAAGGUGCAAUGAAUUAGGAUUGAUUGAAAGAUGCAAAUUAAUUGAACCAAGAUUUGCUACUCAUGAUGAAAUUUUACUCAAGCAUUCACAAAAACAUAUCGAUAUUCUUAAAGCGACUUCUGGAUGUACAGAUGAAGAGAAGUUGGAACAUUUAUCAUCUAAAUAUGAUGCAAUUUAUAUUCAUCCAUCAACGUACGAAUUAUCAAAAAAAGCUGUAGGAUCAACUAUCGACCUUUUGGAAGCAAUUUGUAAGAAACAAGUUCAAAAUGGAAUGGCGAUAAUUAGACCACCAGGCCACCAUGCAAUGAAAACUGAGUUUUGUGGCUACUGUUUUUUCAACAAUGUCGCAAUAGCUGCGGAAAAAAUGCUCAGAGAUGGUUUAGCCAAUAAAAUAUUAAUUGUUGAUUGGGAUGUUCAUCAUGGACAAGCUACACAACAAAUGUUCUAUGAUGAUCCAAGAGUUGUCUAUUUUUCAAUCCACCGUUACGAGCAAGGAGAAUUUUGGCCAAAUCUUCGUGAAUCUGAUUAUCAUUAUGUAGGUGAAGGUGCAGGCGCCGGAUAUAAUUUCAAUGUUCCGUUAAAUAAACCUGGUAUGAUGAAUGGAGAUUAUUUGGCAAUUUUCCAACAAGUACUUCUCCCUAUGGCUUACGAGUUUUACCCCGAUCUCGUAAUCAUUUCUGCUGGUUUUGAUUCUGCCCUUGGGGACGAGAAGGGUGAAAUGAAAUUAACACCUGCGUUCUAUGCUCAUAUGGUGUCUCAGUUAAUGGGUUUAGCGAAUGGAAAAUUAGCAGUUAUUUUAGAAGGAGGAUAUUGUUUAGAAUCACUAUCAGAAGCUGCAGCUUUAUCAUUGAGAACACUUUUAGGUGAUCCAUGUCCUAUGAUAAAUACUCCAGAGGUACCUUCUGCAAGUGUCAAAAAAACUAUUUUGAAUGUUAUUUAUGCCCAUAAACCUUAUUGGAAUUGUUAUGAGUACCAAGAAGUGUAUAAUAUUCACCAAAAAAGUGAUGGAAAAUAUGAAGAAUAUGAGCGACAUCUUCCUGAAGUUAUUUUUAAAGGAGAUGAAACAAAACCUGACACUUAUUUAACUCGUAACUGUUAUCCAAUUCAGAGUAGAGCAUUUCUUACAGAGAUUCGUAAUCAAUUAGUUGCUUUAAAGUUAUCAACAGUUUUGAAAAUAGCUCCUAAUAAGGUUUGUUUAGUUUACGAUGAUCGAAUGUUGGAACAUCGUCAUCCUUCUGACAAUACACAUCCAGAAACUCCUAAAAGAAUAUCGGAAAUAUAUUCAAAACAUGAAGAGUAUGAUCUAUUAAGGCGAUGUCAUUUAAUCAAAGGUCGUUUAGCUAUUGAAGAAGAACUAACUCUGGUUCAUACCAAAGAUUAUAUCAAAACUAUCAAAGAUACAGAAAGGAAAAAUCUUUCAGAUCUUGCCAAAGAGGCAAAAUCUUUAGAAUCUGUUUAUUUACACACAGAAACUUGGACAAGCGCUUGCGUAGCUGCAGGAUCAGUUCUUCAGGUUGUUGAUAAUGUAUUGAAUGGCGAAAGCCAAUCAGGAGUGGCGCUUGUACGACCACCUGGACACCACGCAGAUAAUGAUACUGCAUGUGGUUUCUGUAUAUUCAAUAAUAUAUCAAUAGCAGCACGAUAUGCUGUCGAAUUUCAUGGAUUAAAGCGUGUGUUAAUUUUGGACUGGGAUAUCCAUCAUGGAAAUGGAACUCAAACAAUCUUUGAAAAUGAUCCAAGAGUUCUUUACAUAUCAAUCCAUCGAUAUGAUAAUGGAUCCUUCUUCCCACAAUCAAAAAGUGCCAAUUAUGAUGUUGUUGGUGCAGGUAAGGGUGAAGGAUUUAAUGUCAAUAUCCCUUGGAAUCGUAAAAAAAUGGGAGACACUGAAUACAUGGCAGCAUUCCAACAAGUCGUCUUACCAAUUGCGUAUCAAUUUAACCCCGAAUUAGUCUUAAUAUCUGCAGGUUUUGAUGCAUGUAAAGGUGAUCCGCUAGGAGGAUACACCGUUUCACCAGCAGCUUAUGGUUAUUUCACUCAGUGGUUGUCUUCUUUAGCCAAUGGAAGAUUAAUUCUAGUUUUAGAAGGUGGUUAUAAUAUUAAUUCUAUCUCCUAUGCAAUGACUAUGUGCACGAAAACUCUUCUUGGAGAUCCUUUGCCUUACUUACAUCACAGUACUCUUGCUCCAAACUCAUCGGCUGUAACGAGUAUUAAAAAUGUUUUAAAAAUACAUAAGCGAUACUGGUCUAAUCUUGUUUUUCAAGUAGCUUUGCCCAAAGAAAAUGUGAUACCUUCACCAGUUAAAAAUAAACCCGAACCAUUUGAUAUAAGUCCAGAAGCAGAGGUCAAAAUAAUCCAAGAGCAAUGGGAAACAGAAAAGAGAGAAAAGCAAAAGAAUAUUGAUUUACAGGAGCAGUUUUUGAAAUUAAAUAUCAAAGACGAUGAUACGUCAUCUGUAAAAAAAUCUUCUGAUUCUCAGUAUAAGGAGAACAAAGGGCAAUCUAGUAAGGAAGAAAAAGCUGGAUGUAGUCAAUCUAACGAAAGCAGAGCAGGAACAUCAUCAUCAAAUCCAAACAGUGGCAGUGAUGAUCCAACUCGAACACUAACUGAUAGUUUGAUGUUUGCAAUAGUACCCUUAAGUGAUUGUCCACAUCUAGAACUUAUCAAUGAAGUACCUGAGGAAGGCAUUGAUAUUUCAGGACCCUGUCAAGAAUGCCAGAGCACACUAGAAAAUUGGAUCUGCUUGCAUUGCUACACAACCAAUUGUGCGAGAAUAGUUAAUCAACAUGCUAUUCUUCAUGGACAGAACUUAGGACAUCCUUUAACAUUAAGUUUUACGGAUCUUUCUGUAUGGUGUUAUGAAUGUGAAGCUUACAUUGAUAAUCCUCGACUUUAUGCAGCAAAAAAUGCAGCAUAUAGAAGUAAAUUUAAUGAAGAACUCCCUUGGACAUAUGAUGAACCAUUUCUACAACAAGAAUAGUAUUUAUAUGAUUAGUUAUCAGUUUUAAAAAAAAAAUUUUUUUAAAUAAGAAUAGUUAAUAGACAAUUUCAAAGAAUGAUUCAGUUAUUAAUAGAGAAAUAUUUAAUAAAUAAUUAUUUUUACUACAUUUAUUAACAUACGAUAGUUAAUGAAUUAGUUGGAAGUAAUGUCAAGGCUUUAACUAUCAUUUUAAUAAGAAUUUUACUGUUUAUUUAUACUUUUGUAAAGUGAAAAAUUUAAUUGA